CAGUCCCUCUCUCCGAUUAUUUUUUCUUUUCUUCUCCCUAUUACAUGUACGGCUCGGUAUUUCGAUCCUCAUUACCACCAGUAGCCCGUUCAGCCCUUUGCACCCCCGCGCUCGAUAUACGCCAAAGACCGCCCUUCCUCCGCCGCCCGUUCGCAGAUACGUACCUGCAGUAGGCGGCCGAGCUGUCUUGGUAGUAGUUACGACGCUAUCUGCUAACCAGCUAACCCAAUUCACAUAUCGAUAAUGCACUUUGGCCGUCCACUGAUUUGCGCGUUCGUCGCUUUGCUGUUCUGCGCCUAUCUGGGCUCGUGUGGAAGUUCGCCGGAGCUCCGGCCGAGGACGGCUGUCGCCUUGAUACCACGCCAGGCUACUGCGAGUGGAGGAGAAGACGGGCCCACACAGACGAGAAGCUCGGGACCGCAAUCGACGGUAAGGACGUCGAGUGACCGUGCAAGUAGCACAUCCACACCCGCUGCCGAUAGGUCCUCUUCCGUAUCUGCGGCACCGGCAGCGUCCGGUACCGACAUCUUCGAGGGUGGAAGACAAGAUGAAACUUCGAGAGAGGUCUAUGCCGGCGGCCUACCUAUCCCGCCCAAGGUCACGCCUGGCCUCGGAGUCGCCGGUAUAUUCUUGAUGAUUGCUGGGCUGUGCUGCAGCUUGGUUGGGAUCAAGAUCAAACGAGUGCACAUCUUCCUGUCCAGUGCCUAUCUGGUCAGUCUGGCAGUCACGGUCCUGAUCGUCUACGUCAUGAACCCACCGGUUGGAAAUGCAAUCCAAGGCGCAUACGUUGUGGCGGUGGUCAUGACCGGUACCGCACUCGGAGGUCUGGCUAUAGUAUUCCCAGAAGUGACGGAAGGACUGGGAUGUCUACUAGGAGGCUUCUGCUUGUCCAUGUGGUUCUUGGUCCUGAAGCCCGGCGGCCUUCUUACUUCCGUCUACGGAAAGCUCAUCUUGAUCGGAGCAUUCUGCCUCGUCGUCUUUGCCCUCGCAUUCCAUAGGGUCACGAGACCGUGGGGAUUGAUCGGAUCGCUCUCCUUUGCCGGGUCGACUUCGUUGAUCUUGGGGAUCGAUUGCUUUUCUCGCGCUGGAUUGAAGGAGUUCUGGCUGUACAUAUGGGCUCUCAACGAUAAUCUCUUCCCGCUCGGCACCGAUACAUAUCCCCACACCCGUGGAAUGAAAGUUGAAAUUGCUGCCAUCAUCGUGGUGUUCGCAGUUGGGGUUAUGUCGCAAAUGAAACUGUGGAAAAUACUGCAGGAGCGGAGAGGGGCUAAGGAUGCUGCGCGGCGACUUCAGGAGGCGGAUCUGGAGGCUGUGGAUGCCGAGACUGGCAGGAGGGUGGAAGCCGAGUACCAGGAAGAGAGGGGCAAGUGGGAGGCUACCUAUGGAGAUAAGGACAAGAAAGAUGCCUCAGCUGCUGUUCGUCCGGUAACCGGCGGAAGCAAGACAGACUCUGGACUCGGAGAUGACGAGACCAGAGCAAGCGGUGAAGUGACCGAGGGCUUUGGGCACAUCCAAACGAUGGGGAGUACGGGAGGAGAGUCUUCACGGAGGCAUUCGGAAUCACCAGAGGAUCCGGAUGGCAUAUCGACUUUAACGGAUGAUCAGGGUCUGAAACCGCCACAAAAGAGCGCACAGAAUUCCAGAAGAAACUCAUCCGAGGCAGCUUCUCGAAGGCAUUCAUCACAAUCGUUACGACGGCAAUCCACACAGACUGCAAAGGACGAGGAAGAUCAGGAUGCCGCGGAAAAGUCGGCGGGCCCCGUGGUUAUCCCACUGCCGUUCCAGUGCGAAGGCGAGGAUGACAACAGGAGCGAAGGAUCUUCGGUAGCGGCCAGGGCAGACAACGAUCAUUUCUCGGUCAUCAUUGAAGAGCAAGAGGGGCUUGAUAUGCCGGUGUUUUCAUUCAACAGGGCAUCAUGGGCGUCCAGUCUUGCGGCAACAUGCGAUGACCGACUGGAUGAGGAAGACGACGGCUUACCGGAAUUGGGUAGGAAUUCUACCAUACUCGACCCCAAGGAUCUCGACCCCAAGGAUAUCGCUUUGCCGAUGUCUCCGAGGGUUUCUAUGCAGAAAGAUGCAGUGGAAGGUCCAUUCGCGGACGGUGCACGUACUUCUAUCGACUCCCCGGAAGGUCCGGUUGAUACAGCUUCCAUCGUCACGCCAAACUCGUCAUCCGCAGCCUCAAAGGGACCACCGCCUGUUCUCCCCCAAGACUUGGUUCCCGCUUCCUUCCCGAAGUCCAAAGCGGAAUCGACAGCUUCGCGAGGAACUUUUGAGGUACAGACUCAGUGCUCGAAAGUUGUGAAGACGUAUCGCACGAACGAAUGGGCCAAACACCUAAGUGAAGCCGACAAGCCUGAGCUCGAUGAUUUAUCCCGCCCCCAGGCUGCAGAUGAAGACGAUGAGCAGCCUGCGCACUUGGAUUUCCAAGAGCUCCAGGGAACUACGGAAGGAGCCCCGAAGCCGGUCUCUCGGAAAGAAGCCAGAAGGUCAACGAGCUUCACUACACCAUUGCCAUCGUCUACAUCUGCGACCGCGCCAACCCGUUCCAGCUUCCGCUCGAACUCUGUCCCGCUUCCGAUUCCAGAGACCCCGCCAACCGAACAGUCUCCUUCUCCGCCGCCAGUUGCCCCCGAGCCAGUUGCGCAUGCGUUCCCACCGUUCCCUCUGGUCGAACGUGCGACUUCCGCUGCAGCCCAACGGGAAGAUAGAUUCCCAAAGCAAGGAACACUGCUCGGUCAACGGGAAAACCUCGUCCGCAAUAGAGCAAGCAUCACCGCUUUAGAUGCAUACGGCGGCUCGUCGCCUUUAGUAGGCCCUCUACCAAUUGCGCGGACCACUACCGAUCCUUACAGAUCGGCAUCUGCGAUGAAUUUCGCGCCCUCACGAGCUCCCACCCCUCUGUCUCGGGGGGCCACACCAAUCUCCCGUGUGGCUACACCCCAAUCUCGUGGCUCCACCUCCCAGAGUCCACAGGUGCUCAGCGACGACAUGCCACUUGCGGACCGCCAGCAAAUCCUCCACUUGCAGACACGCCGCAGCUGGAGCUCCACACAACGCCACCCCACACCCAUCCCACAACAGUAUCAUGACAAACGCACAGAUGUUUUACACGCAUUGAACGAAGGUCUACAGAUGCAAGAGACUGCGGCAGCAGCACACCUAGUGGAUCAGCGCCGCGCCGAAAUGCUCGACGAGCGCAAACACGCCGCUGUUCUCGAGCGGCAGAAGUUGGCGCAGGGGAACCUCCGCGGCGGACUCAUGGAGGAGCGCAUGCGCCAGAAGGAUAUGCUCGAGCUCCACCAGGAGGCCCUCAGGAAGAUGCAGCGCCAGGCGAAUAAGCACGCUAUGUAAGCUGUCGAUGUUUUAUGUUACGAUAUGGGAUUGAUGCGGUUGGGCUGGUGGGCACGGUGGCGGUAUGAUUCUUUGCUUCUAACUUCACUUUCACCUUCAUUCCUUUCAUUCUUUUCAUGGCGCAAA